AUGAGUGUUAGUUCGCAUGCCACAGUGAAUGAUGUGAUUAUUCAUCAUAGGAGGAGGAGGCACAGAGUUCAGAGAUACAAUGAUGUUGAAGACAUUAUUGAUUCCACGAGAGAGUUGAUAGCGGAGGGUGAUGAUGUUAGCCUAUGGAAAAGAGGAUCUGACUAUCACACUAUGUUCUCUACCUAUGAGACUUGGGAGCUCAUCAGGGUGGUACAACAUAAGUGUGGUUGGGAGAAAAUUGUUUGCUUUUCUCAAGUUACUCCUAAAUACUCUUUUAUCACAUGGCUGGCGAUGCAUAAUAGGCUCAGUACAAUGGAUCUGCGAUGGAACAUGGCUAUACCACCUCAGUGUGCGCUCUGCAACAAUCUGGUUGAAACUAGAAACUAUUUGUUCUUCUCCUGUGAGUUCUCAUCCUGGAUUUGGCGCAACCUCACCAAAGGUAUAUCACACUCAAAUCACAUGUCUUGGAAUGAGAUCAUUAGAUUACUCUCUGGUUCACAGAUGGAUUUCAAGUCGCGGCUGUGUAUCAGAUAUGCUAUGCAGGCUGCUAUCCAUAUGAUCUGGUGUGAAAAAAACAAGCGCCUACAUGGGAAGGCUCCUCGUUCAGCUUAA